AUGGCGGACCCAGCGGGGCGCGUAGCGCGUUCUGGUAGCCCGCUUUCCCUGCCGAGGCGAUCCGGACGCGUCGUGAGGGCGAGCUCGAAAACUUUUACGGCGCUCAACACGGUCGAAAAAGUGACUGCGGAAGCAAACGAAAUCAAUGAACGAAAUGCACGAUCCGAAUCGGUCGAGUCAGAAUUUCAACCAGCGCCUGAGAGCCGAAAGCCGCGGAGCAAUGGAGAAACAGGUAGAAGCAUGUUCCAGAAGCUGGUGGAGUUGUUGGAAAAGUCGCACGAAGAGACGAGAGAAUUUAAGGAAGAAAUGAAAGAGCUUAAGCAAAAAGUGACGGAACAGACAUUGGCGAUUGCUAAACAAGACGAAUUGAUCGGAAACCUCAACAACAAGGCUACGCAGCAAGGAAGUUCAAUCAAGGAGCUUCAACAGGAGCUUCGUAAAGCGACGGCCGAGCUGACGGAGGUACGAGUGCAACUCGAGACCUUCGCUGUAGCUGCAUCGCGCACCGCAGGUAGCAGUCCGCAAGCGACCUACGCUGAAAUCGCGCGUACGCCACCGGGAAGCGCGCCGAGCAACAUUCGAACACUAUCCUCGGGCAUGACAACGCCCUCGACCGCGACCGACAUGUUCUACUGCACUAUAGAUUACUCCCGAGUAACGGUCGAAGACAGCUCCAGGGUGACCGCCGGUGGGAUCCGGUCCACGCUUGAACGAGAAAUGAGAACCGAGCAGGAAUCCGCAACCUGGCGGUGCCGCGCCAAGCGAAACUUCCCCAAGGUACACGAGUGCUCCGGGACGACCUACACCGAAUUCGAGUAG